UGAAGAUUAAACAUCAACAUGGGUGAGCUUUGUUAUUUUUUCAAAUAGUGUACUGUGUUAAGUAGUUGGAAAAUAUUUAGGAAAUAAAAUAUCUGUUGUAUUUUGGCAUAGGCCUAUUACCCUACAACAGGGAAGUUCACCUCAGCUUGUGUUUGUCUUGUUGUGAUAGGAAGCUCUGAUUCUCGUUAUGGAAACAUUAUGGAGGUUGAAACUACUGGUGCCUCUAAGGAGACAGCAUAUGCUGACGGACAUGCUAGAGGUAUGUGGUCUAUGAAACGAACAGAGCCUACAUAAUCAAUACUAAUCCAUACAUCCAUCUCAUUCAAAAAAAUACUGAAAACACAUUUACUUUACAACAGGUUAUAAAGGGGUGUAUGCAUCUCAGAGAAUGGCAGAGUAUGACAAGGAUGACAUAAAUAACUACAUUGACAUCAUCAAAGAGGUGGGGGAAAAGUAUGAAAUAGCCCCAGCUCUCAUCUGUGGCAUCAUCUCAAGAGAGACCAGAGGUGGGAGAUUAAUACGUAAACCGUCCCCACCAAUCGUCCCAGACCAAGGCUGGGGGGACUAUGGAAACGGCUUUGGGCUAAUGCAGGUAGGCACUCAGAUUAUGUGUAACUUAUUCAUCGGUUGCAGAGUCAUCAUGCAUCUAAUUUCUUUCAGGGACACUGAUGGCAAAAUAAUUCAAUGUCUUUGUCUAAACUCUGUGUUAAAGAAACAGUGGCUGGGAUUCAAUCUGAGCUCGUUGACAAUGCAAUGUUACCACCAUGUCAGCUCAAUUGGAAAUUACUUGUAAAUGUCAAUCUUGCCAUAGGUUUCGGAUUGAAUACUGGCCAGUGUCAAGUAUAUUUGUAUGGUCUACUCAAAUCUGAGCCUCGGUACUACAAUAGAUUACUUUUUUAUUUUUAUUAUAGGUUGACUGAUUAAAGUCGAUGAUUUGACAGAGAUUCCACUCACCUGGGGCCUCAUUUAUCACACAUUUGUGCGCACAGAUUUGAUCGUAAAUUGUGUGAGGCUUAUGUCAAAAUCUACACCAACAUUGUGAUUUAUAAAUCUUGAACUUGAAAUGAUAAUAUGCAAUUUACAACUUAGUGUGUAUAGACAUCUAAAAGCCAAUUUUAUAAACGAGGCCCCUGGUUCGCUGGUGGGAAGAAUGAAAACCAGCAGGGUGGUGGACCCUGGGACCUGGAUUUGAGAGUAAGGCCAGGAUUCAAUCUGAUCGCAUGUUAUAGGCACUGCAGCUUUUAUAGGCAAUUUCCGAUUAGCCGUCAUAUGUAGCGUUUACCGUGAAUGGGAUCUCCACGAAUGCGGGAACACUUCCUUUAAAAACCGCGAUGUCUAUAACUCAUGAUCGGAUUGAAUUCCGGCCUAAAGGAUUCCGCAUACAUAGGUUUGGUUUGCUCCUAGCAGAAGUCAGCUAGGCGAAGUGAAUGUAUGUGCUUGCAUAUUCCCUUAAAAUACAGUACCAGUCAAAAGUUUGGACACACCUACUCAUUCAAGGGUUUUUCUUUAUUUUUACUAUUUUCUACAUUGUAGAAUAAUAGUGAAGAUAUCAAAACUAUGAAAAACCACAUAUGAAUCAUGAUUUAAAGUUUUAAACAAAUCAAAAUAUAUUUUAGAUUCUUCAAAGAAGCCACCCUUUGCCUUGAUGACAGCUUUGCACACUCUUGGCAUUCUCUCAACCAGCUUCACCUGGAAUGCUUUCCCAACAGUCUUGAAGGAGUUCCCACAUAUGUUGAGCACAUUGGCUGCUUUUCCUUCACUCUGUUGUUCAACUCAUCCAAAACCAUCUCAAUAGGGUUGAGGUCGGGUGAUUGUGGAGGCCAGGUCAUCUGAUGCAGCACUCAUCACUCUCCUUCUUGGUCAAAUAGCCCUUACACAGCCUGGAGGUGUGUUUUGGGUCAUUGUCCUGUUGAAAAACAAAUGAUAGUCCCACUAAGCGCAAACCAGAUGGGAUGGCGUAUCGCUGCAGAAUUCUGUGGUAGCCAUGCUGGUCACGUGUGCCUUGAAUUCUAAAUAGAUCACAGACAGUGUCACCAGCAAAGCACCAUCACACCUCCUCCUCCAUGCUUCACGGUGGGAACCACACAUGCGGAGAUAAUCCGUUCACCUACUCUGCGUCUCACAAAGACACGGCGGUUGGAACCAAAAAUCUCAAAUUUGAACUCAUCAGACCAAAGGACAGAUUUCCACCAGUCUAAUGCCCAUUGCUCGUGUUUCUUGGACCAAGCAAGUCUCUUCUUCUUAUUGGUGUCCUUUAGUAUUGGUUUCUUUGCUGCAAUUCGACCAUGAAGGCCUGAUUCACGCAGUCUCUUCUGAACAGUUGGUGUUGAGAUGUGCCUGUUACUUGAACUCUGUGAAGCAUUUACUUGGGCUGCAAUUUCUGAGGCUGGUAACUCUAAUGAACUUAUCCUCUGCAGCAGAGGUAACUCUGGGUCUUCCUUUCCUGUGGCGGUCCUCAUGAGAGCCAGUUUCACCAUAGCGCUUGAUGGUUUUUGCGACUGCACUUGAAGAAACAUUCAAAGUUCUUGAAAUUGUCCGGAUUGACUGACCUUCAUGUCUUAAAGUAAUGAUGGACUGUCGUUUAUCUUUGCUUAUUUGAGCUGUUCUUGCCAUAAUAUGGACUUGGUCUUUUACCAAAUAGGGCUAUCUUCUGUAUACCCCCCCUACCUUGUCACAACACAACUUAUUCGCUCAAACGUGAAAUUCCACAAAUUAACUUUUAACAAGGCACACCUGUUAAUUGAAAUGCAUUCCAGGUGACUACCUCAUGAAGCUGGUUGAGAGAAUGUCACGUGUGCAAAGCUGUCAUCAAGGCAAAGGGUGGCUACUUUGAAGAAUCUCAAAUAUAACAUAUAUUUUGAUUUGUUUAACACUUUUUUGGUUCCUACAUGAUUCCAUAUGUGUUAUUUCAUAGUUUUGAUGUCUUCACUAUUAUUCUACAAUGUAGAAAAUAGUCAAAAAAUAAAGAAAAACCCUUGAAUGAGUAGGUGUGUCCAAACUUUUGACUAGUACUGUACCUUCGCUUGAAAAAUGAGGGAAAAAAGCAGCAAUAUUAUUGUAUGUCCCUCUUGAGACGGUGUAACCAGUACACUUCCUCAAAAUAGUCUGAAUGAAUCUAAGAUAACUCAAGAAAUCUGUAAUUAAUUUUGACGUUUUUGCAGAGGUCUUAUUUUACAUCUAACUAAGAUGUUUGGUGCAGUAUUUCUCAAGUGAAAAAUGUUGCAUGAAAACUAGUAGUCUGUCGUUGAAUGUCAACAAACACUACAUUGAAGAAUCCCUACUGUUGACCAAUCACCGACGAAGUGGCGUAGACUUCGGCUUCCGAACUUGGACAAGCCUCAAGAAAAAAAAUGGUGCUCUCGAACAGCCGAAAGAACAUCACAAUAUAUGCGUAAACUUUUUCGGCUGGUACGCUUUAGUAGCCAUGCACGAGCGAGCCAGAACAGCAUAUCUCCUGUGUCUGUAGCAUGAGGCAGGUUGAUGUAAACGUACACCCCCUGAACAGGAUGCUAGUUUAUCACAUGGUCUUACCCCCAAUCUAUCUCCUUAAUGCUGAGUGCCAAGCAGAGAUACAUUUUUAGUAUGACUCGACCUGCUAUCAAACUUGCAACCUUCCAAUCUUAGGGCAGAAACUCUAACCACAAGGCCACUGAGUUGGUAUCUGGAUUUGUGAUAAAUGGAGUUUAUACAGAUUAAUAAAGCCAUUGAAACUAUUUAUGUUUCCAUUACCUUUAUGGUUUGAUGCUGAAUGACAUGUUUGAAUGGCAUUACAACAUAAAUGAAGUACUGUCCAUUGAUUUACAUAAUAUAUUUCCUAGGUUGAUGUUAACCCAAAUGGUGGCAACCACAAGAUAAUUGGUAAAUGGGACAGUAAGGAUCAUCUUGCACACGCCACUGAGAUUCUAAUUGAUUUCAUCAAAAUAAUCCAAGACAAGCGUCCUGAAUGGACCACGGAGCAGCAGCUGAAAGGUACAAAGCUUGAUAGUUGAUAGAUACUUGCUGGGUGGGGGGAAUACAAUGCUGAACAAUUCUAACAAAAUCAACUGCACUGCAUGCCUGGUUGGUUAUCCGGCCAUGAUUGUUACUUUUCAGGGGGAAUUGCGGCCUACAACCAGGGGGAUGGAGCGAUCGGUUCGCUAUAUGCGAAUGUGGAUGAGAACACCACUGGAAAGGACUAUUCCAAUGAUGUUGUUGCCAGGGCUCAAUGGUACCACAACAACUUGGUCUGA